GGUGAAUGAAAGGACCUCUAGGCUGCCACUCAACUAUGUAGGUACCUAACAGCUACCUAGGUUAGCAGCUGCUAUUUAUGUGCUACAAAAUGUUGAACCCCUUGCACUGCCAAGGUAUAAUUCCAACUAAGAAAUCCUUCCACGCAGGUCCACGUUGGCCAGCCGCAUCUAAUUCGUCCCUAAUUCCAUGACACCCCGUCUGAUUGGCCCCCUUAAAACUCUUCCUUAGUUUCGAUGAGUUCUCACCCCAUCUACUGCACAUACAUAGUAUAAGAGAGGCUCGGCCUAGGAAAAUUAUGAAGGACCCGUCUUGGGCAGGACUAGACUCUAAAGGAUAGAGCUGAGCAGCAUGGACAAGGUCUAGGCUGACGGCUGGGAAAUGCUGAAAUAGUUAAAAAGCGCGGUGCUUCUCGAUCUUGGGAUUGCGCAGGGUACUUACUAGGUAGUGGAUCGAUACUCUCAAGUAGUUAUAUACAUCCAUCCGUGUUAUUACUUCGGUUUCCCCUUUGGCAGGUCCCAGCUCACAACUGUAUACAUCCAAAUUUGAGUCUAUGAGUCAACAACAUACAAUAACGUGGCCCCAUUGAUCGUCGGCGUGUGGAUUAUUCGAUCUUUUAUGAAUUCUUGGGAAUAAGAGUAUUGCGCAAUACUAAGCUUCGCAGAUCACCUCCUUUUCUCUCGAGAUCUCUCUCCACCAGUCCACUUGUUCGCACGUCCUGGUCCUAUCUCCAAAAUGUCCGAAGACUCAGGUACCACGGUGCAAGUGGCCUACACUCAUCGCAAUGGCGAACCGACUCCGCUUGAAAUCCCCAGUGAUCAGCAGAAGAGCUCGGGGAUUGUCCAAGAGGAUGCGUAUCCUAUGUCACCACAGCGGCAUACGCCAAAUCCAUACAGUCGAAGGAAUACAAGCCUUGACCUGGAUGGCUACUUUACCGGACCUCGCGACCUGUCUAAGCAUUCGAAAUGGCCUCUUUUUAUGCAGUUACACGGCAGCAUCCUGCCAAAGAUGAUCAUUCCGUUACUUGUCGUCGCUGCUUGGGCCACCCUCAUAACGGUUAUUUCGAUGAAGGUCCCCAACGUAAACCUCGGUAUUAGUUCCAUCCUGCUCACAAUUACCGGUUUCGUUGUUGGUCUGGGCCUGUCUUUCCGUAGUUCGACGGCAUACGAGCGAUAUGCAGAGGGUAGAAAGUUCUGGGGUCAGUUGAUUUUCGCCUCCCAGGGACUUGGCCGCGUCUUUUGGCUGCACGCCGUCGAGCGCGAGGGCUCUCGUAAGGAGGAUUUAUUGGGCAAAUUGACUGCUAUGAACCUGCUGGUAGCGUUUGCUGUCUCCUUGAAGCAUAAGCUACGAUUUGAGCCGUACACCUACUAUGACGACAUUGCCGAGUUAGUCGAACAUAUCGACACGUUUGCCCGGUCUGCCACGAAGGAGAACACCGUUAGACCAAAAUCAGGCAUGUUCAAGGCAGUUGGAGAAAACCUCGGAUUGUCGUUCGCGGCAUCUAACCCCCGGAAGAUGAUGAAGAAGAAUCAAUCUCCUCUUGGAAAUCUUCCUCUAGAGGUUCUUUGUUAUCUAACCGCUUAUGUGGAUGAGCUUGCUCUGAAUGGCCAACUCCCCAUUGGAAUGCAGCAGACGGCAGCCUACAAUGGCCUUCAGGCGUUGAACGACGUUUUAGUCAAUACGGAACGUGUUGCCAACACACCUCUUCCUAUUGCCUACGCGAUUGCCAUCUCGCAGAUCACCUGGCUUUACGUGUUCCUCCUCCCCUUCCAACUGCUCCUCGAGCUCGGCUGGAUCACGAUCCCGGCUACCGUAGCUGCAUCUUAUAUCAUCCUAGGGAUCUUCUUCAUCGGACACGAAAUCGAGAACCCCUUCGGUAACGACGUUAACGACCUGCCCCUGGAUUUGUUCUGUCAGCAAAUCGUAGAAGACAUGGAGACCAUUGCAGCGCGACCGAAACCUCGCCUCUCCGAAUGGGUUAACAACCCAAGGAAUAAGGUCCUAUUUCCCCAUAGCGAUUCAAGCUAUAGUGUGUGGGCGCAGCGACCAGAGACAGCGAUUCGCAAUAUACUACGGAACAGGCCCCACGCGUAUUACAAUCAGACGAACGAAAACAGCAGAGACGGAGAACAGAACGUGUAAAAAAAAUAGGGAAAUCUUGGCCGAUCUCUUUUUUCUUUUCUUUUUGGAUAAUGAUAUUCCUAUUUCCAAAUACUAGGUGUAUGGACACAUCUAUCCUUGGGUAUAAUCAUUGGGUUAACAAGGAGGGAGAAAAAAGCACGAGUUACAUACAUACAUGCAUGCCUACAUGCCUACUAGGUACUAGGUUAGCGUAGUAGGAUGUAGGUUGGGGGGGGAGUUAAUUGGUUUAGUUCGGCAGGAGUACACGAAAUCGCCUUCGAUCCUGUCUGCUUACAUAUACAUAGUAGGUUAGGCACUAACAUUGAACCUACAUACUACUACUAUGUAGGUGGUAAGGGUAUAAAAGUUACGGAUGUAUUCGAGUUAUUUGAGUUCAAAUGUUUGUAUUAGGUUAGGUACGGAGUACUAUAUGAGGUUAUCUACUUACUGG